AUGAGUAAUAAAGUGGCAGUUAUAACCGGCUCCAACAAGGGCAUCGGUUUUGGAAUUGUGAAAGGUUUAUGCCAAAAGUUCAAUGGAAUAGUAUAUUUGACAUGUCGAGAUGUCGCUAAAGGGAAGGAAGCAAUAGCGAAACUGAACAAAAUAGGACUCCAUCCUGAAUAUCAUCAGUUGGACGUUUCCAAUAGAGACAGCGUUGUAAAAUUUAGAGAUCAUAUCAAAGGUACACAUAGUGGAAUAGAUAUACUAAUUAACAACGCCGGCGUUGCUGGUAAAUACUACGACAGUUACGAAUCUCAUAAAGAAGUCAUUAAUAUCAAUUACGGCAGCAUUUUACUGGUAGAAGAACUCCUCUUCCCACUGCUAAAGGAUUCAGCCCGUGUUCUUAACAUAUCAAGCGAUUGUGGACAUCUAUCAAACAUUAAGAAUAAACAUUGGCUGCAGAGACUUAGCAAUAGGGAUAUUACAAGAAACGAUAUUGACGAAUUUGUGAAGUGGUUUUUGGAUUCAGUGAGAAAUGGAACGUUUCAAAAGAGUGAUAUUGCAGAUUUUGGAAGCGUAGCAUCUUAUAGGGUGUCGAAAGUAGCAAUUAGCGCAUUAACAAUGAUACAGCAAAGAGAUCUCCAAUCUAGGAACAUAAGUGUAAACUCAAUGCAUCCUGGCUUAGUUGCUACUGAUAUGACAACGAGAAUUGGUUUCUUUACGCCCGACCAAGCGGCCGAAACCCCGAUAUAUUUAGUGCUGGAUGCUCCCCAAAGUUUGAAAGGUGCUUAUGUAUGGUAUGACAGGCGUGUUAUAGACUGGUAUGAUUAUAAAACAGAUUACUACUUCAAAUAUGCGUCUGUUGGAAAACAAUUAAUAAAGAAUGUUGUGACCACAAAGUGGAUCCUGAUAUUGGUUAUCGCUUAUUUUGCUUACUAUUAUCUAUACUAA